UCCUAGAAACCUCUUGGAGGAUAUUGCAGACAGACAUGAUCUACAGCACCCGGGUCUGCUCUAAAUUAAAGAAGGGAACAGGCCAGUGUAGCCAGAUAUUUCCCCCUCAGCUUGGUACGUUACAAAUAAUUCAUGGCAAUGGCACCACAGUUGGGACAGUGAUCACAUUCCAGUGUUCUGCUGAACACCAGCUUGAAGGACAGGGAGUCGUCACCUGCAUUUGGAAAGGAAACAGUGCUCAGUGGACAGCGGGAGUUCCCUCGUGCAAGCCCAUAUCGAAGUAUGAGACUUUUGGAUUUAAAGUAGCAGUGAUUGCCUCCAUUGUAAGCUGUGCCAUCAUCCUGCUGAUGUCUAUGGCUUUUCUAACUUGUUGUCUCAUCAAGUGUGUUAAGAAAAGUGAAAGGAGGAGAACUGAAAGGGAUAUGCAGCUGUGGUACCAGCUCAGAACUGAAGAACUGGAAAACAUGCAAGCUGCUUAUUUUGGUUUUAAAGGCAGAAAUAAUAACAAUAAUAAAAAGCUCAGGAAAAAAACAGUAUUUGAUGAUGGGGCUAACAUGGCAUAUGACAACCAAGGCUUCUGCAGAACUCCAAAUCCCUGUGGUGCUUUCGCAUUAGCUGCCUGGGUACAGUUUUACAUCGGUGAUUGCAGUGAAGAUUUUAUAGCCACAAAGAUGGAUGUAUCCGAAACUGCCAUAGGAGCGGUGUUGUGUCAGGACCAAGAGGGAGUCGAGCGACCGAUUGCCUUUGCUAGUAAAAAAUUAAAUACCACCGAAACAAGGCCUGGAGUGACCAAUAAAGUUGCGGAUUUUUUAUCAAGGUAUAAUGAAAAUGAGGUGGCAAUGACGGAUCCAUGCAAGACCACUACCAAAAUUAUUGAUGAUCAGAACCAAAAACCUGUUUUGCCCCAAGGCAACUUAAGCCGGGGGAUGUAUGGUAGGAAAGACUUACCCUGGCAGGGCGAGGAGCAGAGCCAGCGGGAUGCCAUGCCAGAAUAGAAGUGCAGAAAAGUGAAACCGCAGCAGAAGAUGCUGCGGUAAAAGAAAAAAAGGAAAAAAAAUGGCAGAGCUGGGAGGAGGCGGGAGUGGCUCCCGUGUCAGUGUGGGCAUGCUUUAUGGCAGCAUGCUAGGGCCGAUUUUCUGGCCAGCCCCCUGAGACCGAGAUAAAAGGCCCGGUGGAAGAACAGCUGGAGGAGCCAGAAGUGAGUUCCCCAACGCGCCGAGAGCAGCCGGUUACAGAACAGAGCCCCACGGGAGAGACAUGGUAGCUGCCCCAGGAAGGGGCUUUCCAAGAUAGGCAGAGCCAGAUAAGGCUCAGGGACUUACCUGAAGAAGCACCAUGGAUGUCAGACAUCUUCAUCAUUUGGACUGAAAACUUACAAUCUCUAAUUGAUUUCCAUCAGAAAUUCAGCAAGCAUCACCUCUCCAUCAUACUGUCUCUGGAAUACUCCAACACCAACCUUUCCUUUUUAGACAUGAUGGUCACUAUCCGGAAUGGUAAAAGACAGACAUCAGAUACAAGAAACCCACAGACCAACACACAUAUCUGAACAGAACCAGCAGUCACUCUAAACACACCAAGAAAUCUGUAAUGUACAGCCAGGCCUUCCAAUACCACCAAAUUUGCACUGAGGAGAACACCUGGGAUCGUAACCUCACAAAUCUCAAAAGGACCUUCACUCAAGAAGGACACUCCUCCAGAAAGAUAGAUUGCACUUUUGAAAGAGCCACCCAGAUACCAUGUGAAGAAUUGCUGCAGUACAGAAGAGAACCCCCCCCAUGAAUCUCACACCACUGGUUAUGACAUAUCAUCCCUCCCUGGAACCUAUACGGAAAAUCCUAAAAUAAUUGCAACCUAUACUAGAAGAUGACCCAAUUUUUAAAGCAAUCUUCCCAGAAGCACCCAUCCUAGCCUUCAAACAAGCACCAAACCUCACCAACCUCAUCACCAGAAGCAAACUUCCUACAGCCCAAAACACACCAAAUGGAUCCAGGCUAUGCCAUGACAAGAAAUGUAAAAUCUACC